AUGGACGGAGCGGGGGGCGCGACGCCGAUGCAGCAGCUGCAGCUGCAGCAGGCGCACAUACAGCGGGAGCAGGCUCGCAUCAACGACUUCUGGAACGAAGUCGAGACGGAGAUGACGCAGAUAGACCCAGAGAAGGAGGACUUCAAGAACCACGAACUGCCCCUGGCCCGCAUCAAGAAGAUCAUGCGGCUGGAAGAUGACAUCGCCGAGGCGGGGGCUCCGCGGUUCAUGAUUGCGGCAGAAGCGCCGAUUAUCAUCGCCAAAGCCUGCGAGAUCUUCGUGCUUGAGAUGGCCAUGCGGGCCAACUCUCUGACGGCGGAGAACAAACGACGUACGCUGCAGCGCAACGACAUAGCGAUGGCCGUCUCGAAGACCGACACAUACGAUUUCCUGAUCGACAUUGUGCCAAGAGAAGAGCUCAAGAAGGACGACGUCGGCCACGCGGCUGCGGUUGAUCAGGAGGCCCAGCAACAGAUGCAUCUCAUGGCCAUGCAGCACGCGCUGGGGCAGCACAUGACUUAA